CAGAUGAUGAGCAACAAAAUUAGCAUCGUACUACUUGCACUUUUCUUCGUAUUGACAACCGCAAAUAUACCUGAACAAACGGAUCCAUGUGUGACUGAAAAGAAGUCCCUUUCACUUGCCUCACAACUUGUAAAACAACUACAAGACACGUGUGGCGUAUUUUAUCCAAGAGAUUGUCAGGACCUCUUGCUACAAGGUCACGGGGAGAGUAGGGUGUACACAAUUUUUCCGACGAAAGAGUCUAGAUUCGAAGUUUUCUGUGACCAGAAGACAGACGGUGGGGGCUGGACGGUUGUACAAAGGAGGCAGGACGGAUCAGAAAAUUUCUUCAGAAACUUGUAUGACUACAAAACUGGAUUUGGAAAUCUGUCAAAUGAGUUUUGGCUAGGAAAUGAGAAAAUCCACACGAUUACAGCAUCCGGGAAUUACACUUUACGAAUCGACUUGAAGGAUUUCUCUGGAAAUUCUCGAUAUGCAAGCUACAGCACCUUCAAUGUCGGAAGCGAGAAGUCGGGAUACAUUCUGAAUGUCUCGGGUUACAGUGGAGAUGCUGGCGACUCAUUUUAUCCCCAUACUAAGGCCAGAUUCUACACUAAGGAUCAUGACAAUGAGAAAAGGUGUGCAAAUAGAUUUAAAGGUGGAUGGUGGUACACAGGAUGUCACCGAGCUAACCUAAACGGUCUCUACUUGAGAGGAGAGCACAAAUCAUUUGCUGACGGUGUGAACUGGUUUGAUUGGAAAGGAUAUAAUUAUUCCUUGAUGUAUGCCGAUAUGAAAAUCAGGAAAUCGAAAGUCUAAAUAGUAAAAGAUAUGAAAUGAGUCAAACAAA